CCCCUACCUGUCUCCACCCCACCGCAAACCCCUCCUCCCUUCCCCUUCCAGAUCGCCGCCGUGCCGCCUCCCCAUCAGCUCCACCGGCGAGCCCUUCCUCACCGCAUCGCCACCCCCGCGCCCAUCCAUGGCAUCCCCCGCGCCCCUCCAUCAGCAUCCAUGGCCUCCCCCACGCCCUUCCUCACCGCAUCGCCACCCCAACCCCUCCCUUCUUCUCCCUGACGCUCCCCUUGCUCCGGGCCUUCAUCCUCUCCGGCCAGAUCAAUCGGGCGCGGCCCCUACCCUAGGCAGGGAGGGAAGAUCACCGCUGCGCGGGCGCACGGGAAGGGGCGGCGACGGAAGCGCAUCCCCAAGAUCUAGCCCAUCAAGCACCGUGUCGAAGUCUCUCCUUCAAGGAGCUCUAUGUGCGGGUGUGCGGAGGCGCUCGUGAGGGCGGUGGUGGCCUUCUUCGACGCCUUCCUCGUCGACUGCUUCCUCUUCUGGUUCCGCCGCUGCCACCGUCGCCCCGGCCCCAACAGCCACGCCUCCGCCCAUCGGGAUCCGCUCGUGCCCAAGGACUGGACAAGGGAGGCGCUCCCGGCCUCGGACGAAGAGAAAGGUUUUGCAGAGAGCACAUUGUUGAACCAGCAGUUGGCAGAUGGCGAUGACACAGAUGAGGAGCUUAGGCGAGAGCCAAUUUUGCUACGCAGAACACUACUUCAGUUAAUACACUAUCCAGUACUGCUAGUUCUCAUCUCACUUGUUGUGCUUCUUGUACUGGGAGCACUCUUUGUUAUCCCAAGAUCUAACAUCAAAGGCAACAUGGUGAAUCUAGUACAUGCAUCGUUGGCCAUCCUCUUCGAGGCUGUGUUUAGGUGAUUCCUCGGGUAGCCAUGACACUACUCUGGCUGAUUAGUACCUAGUGGCAUGUUUGUAAUAUUUACAGGGAUUUUACUUGUAGAAAUAAUGCUCAUGGUAUAUUUAUAUGUCCUGCAGCGCAUGCUCUUUUUCGGUCUGUACGGAAUCUUGAUAUGGUGUUUUGGCAGCUGGGAUAUUAGAUUGCACUUCUUUAUGUGAUUUA